CUUGACGCUGAUCAAAACAAUGAUAAAAAGUUAAUUUGAAUAAUUGAGUAAUUAAAAAAGAUGCCAGAUUUAGUAAGCAACAUGAAAAAAUCCAGUAUUUACAAAGAUUUCUAUCCAAAGUCUUCUUCUUUUCUUAGUUUCUUGUGUGACGAAAAUGACACAUGUGAAGCGAAGACUGUGACAGAUGAUCUAAGUAAUGAUGAUUAUUAUGAGGAUUUUGACGUGAAAUUGUAUAACGAAGGCACUAUUGUAACCGAACAUCCACUGGAACCCUCGACCAAAUCUUAUCAGGGGAAAUUGUAUGACUUGAAAGAGAGCACUAGAAAAUUGUUAUGCUUAUUGGAUAAAAUUUUAAUGUUCGAACCCCAAAUCACUGAAGGACAAAUAGCUAAUGAAACACUGGAAAAUAAAUCAAACUAUAAAAAUAGACUCAAACCGAUACAACCUCACGAAGGAGAAUGUUCAAUAUACAACAGGCUAUCAAGAAAAUGCCAGUGCCUGAACAGCGAUGUCUAUAAUGAUUUCAUAUUACUGUUCAACGAGAAUGUGAAGCAUAUGACAUGUAUUGUGGGGGAGAUAAUUAAAAACAUGCGCAUACUCAAGAAGUUCCUAUACAUUGGGGAUGAAUAUACGAAACGUGCGCUCACGUUUUUAAAAGAUGGUCUAUCGAAUAGUUCGCUAUUAGAAAAAACUCAUAUCAUACAAGGUUGCAUUUUCACUGACAUCUGCAAUGUAUUCGAAGAGAAUUCAAUCAUUACUACUUUAAUAACUUGGCCGUGGAAAUAUGCAAAUUGUGGGGACCAAGAUACGAUGUUGAUGGCUGCGACAUUGGUAAAUAAAAUUGCAAGACCAGAGGAAGGAAAGCGCUAUCUAAAUUUAAACUCUAGAAUAAUAUUCGAUAUCAAACAAGCGUUUAAGAAAUGCGGUAACCACUUGAACGCAGAGACGGUUGAGAUGCUGCGUGCCAUCUUAGACCGUCUGGAACCACAAUUCGCUCAAAACCUCAGUGUGUCAUUUUACCGCAAGACAAAUGACAAAGGUGUAGUUAUACAAACACUUCUUAAUUUCAUAAAACAUGGCUCUGAGAUGCCGUUAGAGGAAGCACUGUUAAAUCUCGAGUUACUCAGCAACUGGUCAAAACAUGAGAACGGUAAAGAAGAACUCAAGUCGUAUCGACCGGAAUUGCUUCUAGUUUUAAAAAGUAUACUACGAGUCUAUGACCACAGUCAAAUUAAUAUAUUUGCUACAACACUUCUUAACAAUGUCGUUUCUAAAAGUAUGAUUAAGGGAAAUAACUUUGGCAUUACUAACAUAGUGGUUGUAACGAGCACUGCUACUGAGCCUAUCGAAAUGAAAAGUCAAUUUGUCCAAAUAACGAAGAAAAAAGUUAAAAAGCAAAAAUCGUCAGUUCAUCCGGGAAAACGAUUGUAUAUGUCUAAACAACGAGUUUCAGACGUUGGCUACUCAUCACAGAUAUUGGAUACAUUGAAAAAAAAAUGUGAGAAAACUCGAAAGCAAGUAAUAUAUGUGCCGGUGGAAUCAAAAACAAGUUUAAUAUAGUGACAUAAAUUUUAUUUUCAAG